AUGGCAUCGAAACUCGCCCUCAACUCUACUCGAAAGCUCAAUUCGGGCUAUGAGAUUCCUCUUCUUGGAUUUGGAGUCUAUCAGACUCCACUCGAACAAGCCACCGAUGUCUGCAAGAGGGCUCUGGAAAUAGGCUACCGCCAUAUCGAUUCCGCCUCUGCGUAUCGUAACCAAGGCGAGAGCGCAGCGUCCAUCUCUGCUUCUGGCAUCCCUCGCUCGGAGGUCUUUUUCACUACAAAGAUUCCCAUGCGCAAGCUUCCUCUCGGCUAUGAAAAUGCCCACACACUGGUGAACACUGCGCUUGAGGAGACCAAGCUGGACUACCUUGACCUUGUUCUCAUCCAUGCACCCUACGGAGGACCUGACGCCCGCAAGGGUGCGUGGAAGGCCCUUGUCGAGUGUGUCGAGGCUGGAAAAGUGCGCUCCCUUGGCAUCUCCAACUAUGGUGUCCAUCAUCUAGACGAGCUCGAGGCAUACAUCAAAGAGCUGGAAGCGGAGCGGGGAGAGGGCAAGGGAGGCGUCAUCUCAGUGGGUCAAUGGGAACUUCAUCCUUGGCUUACUAGGCCCGACAUCGUCAAGUGGUGCCAAGACCGUAACAUCGCUAUUGAGGCGUACUGCCCUAUUGUGCGAGGUGAACGCUUUGGCGAGCCCAAGAUCAAGGCCCUCGCGGAGAAGUAUGGCAAGACGGAGGCGCAGAUCCUGCUCCGCUGGAGUCUACAGAGGGGCCUCGUUCCUCUGGUGAAGAGUGUUACGCCUUCGAGGAUCCUGGAGAAUACGCAGCUGUUUGACUUUGAGCUUACGGCGGAGGAAGUGGAGGAUGUUGCAACGACCGAUUACAGUCCUUGUGCUUGGGAUCCGACUGUUGAGACUCUGGACAAGUAG